GGCAGGCUGGGGGCGCAGCGCUCGGCCACCGGGCGGUGACUGACGGCGGCUCCAGGCGGCGCGGUCCCGCGUGUGCACACGCACACGCCGCCGCGCAGGGACACACGGACCCCGGCUGGCGGCCAGCGGACGCGGAGAGCGGAUUGGGCGCGCGCUCCUCAGCACUCGCUCCGGCCCGGGACGUCUGGAGAGCCUGGUCCGCCAGGCCCGCAGCGAGCAGCCUGCGGACACCUUGGACUGACGGGCAGCUGCUGGGACAGGAGACCAGCUGUGCAGGCAGAGAAGUGCCAUGGCCAGCAACCUGCACGCGUCCCUGGCUGCUCUGCUCCUACUGCCUGUGGCUGCUGCCAUGCACUCUGACUGCAUCUUCAAGAAGGAGCAAGCCCUGUGCCUGAAGAAGAUCCAGAGUGCCUAUGACCUGCUGGGCUUGAAUGAUUCUGCUCUGGGAUGCCCCGGCAUGUGGGACAACAUCACGUGUUGGAAGCCAGCUCGUGUGGGUGAGGUUGUUGAGGUCAGCUGCCCCGAACUCUUCCAGAUCUUCAACCCAGACCAAGACAAGGGCUCCGUGAGCCGGAACUGCACAGAAGAAGGCUGGUCUGAGCCCUUCCCUCAUUACUUUGAUGCAUGCGGAUUUUAUGAGAAUGAAACUGAGCCUGAGGAUCAGGACUAUUACUACUUGUCAGUGAAGGCCCUCUACACUGUCGGCUACAGCACCUCCUUGGUCACCCUCACCACCGCGAUGGUCAUCCUGUGCCGCUUCCGGAAGCUGCACUGUACCCGCAACUUCAUCCACAUGAACCUCUUCGUGUCCUUCAUGCUGAGGGCCAUCUCUGUCUUCAUCAAAGACUGGAUCCUGUACGCCGAGCAGGAUAACAACCACUGCUUCAUCUCUACUGUGGAGUGCAAGGCCGUCAUGGUUUUCUUUCACUACUGUGUCGUGUCCAACUACUUCUGGCUGUUUAUCGAAGGCCUGUACCUCUUCACACUGCUGGUGGAGACCUUCUUCCCUGAGAGGAGAUACUUCUACUGGUACAUCAUUAUUGGCUGGGGGACCCCAACUGUGUGUGUGAUGGUGUGGGCUGUGUUGAGGCUCUACUUUGAUGACUCAGGCUGCUGGGAAAUGAACGACAGUACGGCUCUGUGGUGGGUGAUCAAAGGGCCUGUGGUUGGCUCCAUAAUGGUUAACUUCGUGCUUUUCAUUGGCAUCAUUGUCAUCCUUGUGCAGAAACUUCAGUCUCCAGACAUGGGAGGCAACGAGUCCAGCAUCUACUUAAAAAAUUUAAACCCGCGAGUCCCCAAGAAAGCCCGAGAGGACCCCCUGCCUGUGCCCUCAGACCAGCAUUCACUCUCUUUCCUCAGCUGCGUGCAGAAAUGCUACUGCAAGCCACAGCGGGCUCAGCAGCACUCUUGCAAGAUGUCAGAACUGUCCACCAUUACUCUGAGGCUGGCCCGGUCCACACUGCUGCUCAUUCCAUUGUUCGGAAUCCACUACACAGUGUUCGCCUUCUCCCCAGAGAACGUCAGCAAGAGGGAGAGACUCGUGUUUGAGCUGGGGCUGGGCUCCUUCCAGGGCUUUGUGGUGGCUAUUCUCUAUUGUUUCCUGAACGGGGAGGUGCAGGCAGAGAUCAAGCGGAAAUGGCGGAGCUGGAAGGUGAACCGCUACUUCACCAUGGACUUCAAGCACCGGCACCCAUCCCUGGCUAGUAGUGGGGUGAAUGGGGGCACCCAGCUCUCCAUCCUGAGCAAAAGCAGCUCCCAGCUUCGCAUGUCCACCCUUCCAGCUGACAAUCUGGCCACCUGAGACCCGCUUUGGUCCUCUCCUGCCUCACAGGCUGGGGCUGCAGGCGGGUGUCUGCAGCGCAUGUUUGAGCCUCUUCCCUCCUCUUGGGCAGGCCCUGGCUGGAGCUUGACUCCUCCCCAAGGGGGAGAAGGAGGCAAGGCACAAUCUGCUUACUGUCCCUCUCAUUCGGUACCGGCCCCACCCACCAUGGUCCCUGAUUUGACAAUGUAAAUAGCCCUCAAAUUUGGAAGCCUGUCCCCUCCUUGCUUCUCUCGCCCCAGCCAGACCCCAGCUCCACCCCACUGCCUGGCCAGCCCCAGUGAUGGCCUGCCCCAGGCACCAGGCCUUGUGAGCUGAGGCUAGAGAGAAGUUGGAUAGGGCCUGCCCUGACAGCCCCCUCAUGUCUAACUUUGGAUGUGGGCCCUUCUCAAACCUGGCCAGCAUCAGUGUCCAGGGGCCUAGCUCCUGGUGCCAGGCAAUGGGACAGCCCCAGGGCUUUUUCUGUCUAAGACUUCAGUUGUAGGGUGGGGACUGAGGUCAGGGAAAGUUCUGGUGCUUUUCAUUUGAUCCAAGAAGAACUGAGAGCCAGAAAUGUGGGAAGGAGAUGGAAGAGUUAGGAGACCCAUGGAAGAAGACCCUCACCGUCUCAGAUGUUCUACCCCUGACUCAAGAUGGGCACGGUUCAUCUGGUAGCUACCCUUCCACCCCUCCUGUCCCCAGUGAGGCCCCAGAGAGGCUGCUCCCCAGUGAUCCCUACCGUGGAGAGGGUCUCUAAGUCCCGCCCCCAUUUCCCCUCAAGUCAAAGCCAUGAUAAGAAUGAACCAGCUGCCUUCCUGUGAGGUCAGUGAGUCCUGAAGCACCUUGCACCUCCAGGUGCCCAAGUCCCAGGCUCGGGCUUCACCCACCCUCCACCUUCAUGGAUAGUGAGCCCCGGAUGCCAGAUCUUCAGGCCUGGACUCAGCUUCUGAACUUUCAUAGAGACCUCUGCAAAGACUUCUUGGGGUGUCCUGGGUAUUGAAUCCCCUCAGGCUGCUAGAAUGUCCUGAGGGAAUGACACAGCCACCAUGUUCAUUAGCAGAGGCUACUGAUGGGCAUGGUGGCCACUCCCCAAAGCCUGUCCUGACUCCCGGCUGCAGGGUGUACAGCCAUGGCCUAAGCGUCAGGCAGUUUAGAAUACUGUGAUUAUGGCCCCAGCUCAUUCCAUAAGUUCUGGGUCUUGUUUGUGUCUGUGUUUGAGGACUUGCUUCAUGAUCCUGUUGUGAGUGCUUGAGGAGUUUGGUGAAGGGUGGCUUUGCUCUGCUCAGUUUCAUGAAGAGGAAGGAGCCCUCGGGAUGUACAGUGGCCUUUUGGGAGAGGCCUGCAGAGCGAGCAGAAAGGGCUCCUGUCUCUGAUCUGAGAUGAGUCCUGUGUCCUCAGCAGUGAAGAAAGCCCAUACAUCUUUGGUAAAGACAGAGGGAGAAAACACCCCCUGCUCCUUUCCAGGCACACAUAGUGACUUUGGUGACAAGUGUGCAAUGGCCUCUCCAUUGUGCACCUGACCUCAUCCCCUCCCCUGUCCUAUGUACGCCAGUAUCUGCUGAUAGCCUUGCCCUUGAGAUGCUUCUUGGAAGGAGCUGUUGCCUAGGAUUCAGAGACCUAGAGUCUGCCUCGGUCAGGUUUAGAGUACUGUGACUCUGGACAUGCUGUGUGUGAAGUGAGGUGGCCUCUCUUCUCCAGGCUCUGCAGCUCAGCAGUCUUUCUCUCCAGAACUAAGGCAGGAAAUAGGAGCAUGCUCCGGUGUGCAUCGUCUAAGGUUUUAGUGAAUAUGCGUGUGCAGGUGAGGUGAGGAAUGCUGUUCAUUCUCCCUUUCUUAGAAACCAAACUCCUUUCUCCUCUGUUUGGACACCACAGUAGUAGCUGACAUCCUGGAGGGAAGGCUCAGGCCAUGGACGCUUGAAUAGGUGCUUUGGGCAUGAUGUGGUGACUCUUUGCUCUCUGCCCGACUGGGGCAAGCACCAUGACCAGUAUCCUAGAUCCAGGGAGUCCCAAGGCUGUGGACCCCAUUCGUUUGCCAUCACCCUACCAUUAGUCUGCUUCACUGUGGAUGAAGAAACUGUGACCCUAUAGAUAUAUUAUUUCAAAGCAGCAAAACCAGAAUCUGCCCUGAGCCCCACAUCCUGAACUGUUUCCUGAGCCCUGGACCUGAGUCUUCCUAGCGGUUCAGAUUCCUGGUGGUUAUUUUUGUAUCUGAAUGCUCUUUGCCAGUUUUAUGAGCCGAUGUAUGUGAGGCACUCUGAGUGUGCUAGGAGACCCUCAAUUUCAGGGCCACAGUGCUGUAGGGGAACAACACGAGGAUGGGCAAAAACCUUUCCUUCUCUGACCCUGUUUGCAAACCUGUACAGUGGGCAAUAAGACUAGAUGAAUUGUAUAUAGCCUAGUGCAUCCCUAGAAUUCUCUGUCUAAACACCAGCCACCCACUGGGAAGGAGCCCCAGGAAAGAUGGCAGUAAUUGCUUUGACCAAGAAAGAGUAAGAAACUGGUGUGUGAAGAGGACUUGAAGCACUUGAUAAAGCUAAUGCUGAGAGGAAUAGAUUCCAGGACCCCAGGCCCAUAGGCAUUUGUUCUAUGCAACCCUGAAGGAGGAACGCCACCCCCACAGGAGACUGAGCUCUCCUUGGGAUGAUGAGGUGUAGUUCCCUGUCAGGACUGCCUAGCUGUAGGCCUGGCAGGCUGUGUGUGGAGAGGGUCUCUCAUCCUGAGAGAAGUGGGGUUGUGUGUCAUGGAAGCUGAGGCUUCUGGGGAGCCAAUGGAUGGCGGGAGAGUGGAACUUAGGAUAUUCAGCCCUCUAUGGCCCCAAUAUUGAGCCUCAUGAUUCCAGACUUGAGGUCAGACUGUAUUCUCCGUGGGCAGUGGGGUGAGCCUCCCAACAUGCCCAGUGGCCAGCUGUAAUGCCUUCUCUAGCCCCAUGACCUCUGAACUGGGCUCCUGGGCACUAGAAUAAGGGAGCUCACACUGGGCCCAAAGCUGGAAUUUCACUGGUGUCUGCUGUCACUCACCAAAGCCUCAGCCUCUUGGUGUGCCCCUCUCUUCUGUAAUGAAAGGCUGGAAGAGCCUCUCUUGUUAAUUCUUUGAGUGCCCUCCCCUCCUUCAGGGCCACUCCAGAGAGAAAGCAAUGAGUCCUUUGUCACCAUCAACUCCCACUUGAGCCCAAGGAACUUGGAAACUGGAUGGAGGAACCCAAGCAGAGCCAGGGACCUGGACUUGUCCUGGCUUUGCCGCCACUUGUUCUGCACUUGUGCCCCAUACCCCUGGGGAGAUUCCCAAAGUACUGGAGCUGGGAACAAUGCAGACACCUUCAGGCCAGACCUCCUCCUGGGGCUGAUAAGGAAACACAGGAGAGCGCAGCCUGAUUCUGGGUGAGGAAAUGUCUCCACUUGUAGGUGCACAGCCCCUCACAGGACCAGAGGGAGGCAUGUGAUGGUCAGCAUCUGUAGGAUUAGCACUUCUAGUGCAGAAGACAGAUCCCAGCCAUGGAAAGUUGUCAGGACUCCAGACUGCAGGAGAAGUAAUGGAGUCAGCAUGGUGUGGGAAAUCCUGUUCUCUAGCCUGGGCUUUGCCACCUCCUCUGUGACUUGAGGCUCACCCUCUGCUGACAUCUGCCUCCCAACCUGAGAAAUAGGGACAAUAUGAUUGCUUCAUCUGUCCUGCAGACCAACAUGAUGCCAACAGGAGUUCAUGACCAAACUUUGGGAACAGAUGUGCGCUCAUUCCUGGGCAAAGGCCCCUGGAAAGGAAUCUGUGCUGUUUGCUAUUUGCCUACUGCUUUGAGCCCUUAUGGAUAAACCGUUACUCCACUUAUAAAUCCACCAGCACUGGGGGUAAGGGACUGGCCAGAGGGCUCCGGGGGACAGAGCUUCAGCUCUGUCUCCAUCAGUGUGCUUUCAAGAUCAAGAUGGAGAGAACUUCACGUGGGUGCUCUGAGCAUUGCCAUGCCACCCUCCUGGGAAUCCUGCAAGGACUUGGCACAGUCCUCAGAUGGGCUGCAUGCCCAUUUCCGCUCCUUUCCCAAACUCCAGGUCCCGGAUGUGUCUGCUCUUGACCAUGUGUGUCUUCUGUGUCUGUCGUCCGUGGCUUUGCUGUGUCAGGCUGGAGUGGUUGGUGCAGCCCCUGGCAUCCAGAUGUGGCUCCAAGCUCAUUUGUGGCAGCUGGGCCACCUGGGCUUCAUCUCCCAACAUAAAGAUACCCCCCCCCCAUUACUUCCCCUGCUGCCACCACUAACGCUAUGCUCACCACCUUGUCCAGGAUUUUCAGAAUGUCAAAUCG